GCGAGGAAAAUUUUUCACUUUUCGCGUUGGCAACACGCCAAAACGAGUGCGCUCGCGAGAGACGUCAAAAGUGACAAAAGUGGAGCUGAAAAAGGUUCUGUGUGCACAAAUCGGUGGCGAGGAAGAAAAUCCAAAUUCCGCACGGAUUGCGUAAAAUUUCGGAGGUAGAUUCGGACGGAACCGGUCCCCGGGUAGCUGCCCCACCGUCGACAGUACGGUACACACGUGGUCGGCGCGGAUUUGGACGGAUUUAGCCGCGGUUGAAGGUUGAGCAGAUCUCACUCCCCCCCGAUGUUGGCACGUGUUUGAGGUUAGGUUACUUUUGUGGCACUUUGACGAGUGUCCGCCGCGGCAGCUGCAGCAGCAGGAGGAGGACAAAGCGAGUGAAAAGCUAGAGCGUUUCUCGCGCGCGCACGCCUGUUACAUAAAGAACGAGCGUUUUUUUGGGAAGGUGAGCGGUCUUGUUACUUCCGGAACGAUGGCCACGGGGAAGCGAUGCACGACGGUGGCGCUGCGCACCAGGUACGACAUCCGUCGGGUGAAGCGCGGCGGUGACGUGUGGGAGUGCUUGCCGUACCUGGCGGACACGAAGCCAAUCGAGCCCAAGUGUCCGCCCACCAAGACGGAGCUGGAGGCGGCCGGGCUGUUGCCGACGCCGGUGCCGAAGGAUCCGCAGAAGGGCGGGAAGGCGGGCACGCCGGAGGAUGAGCAGCCGGCGCCGGGCGUCGUGUUCGACAAGCUGUUCGAGCUGGACGUGGAGUACUUGAAGAGCCUGGACCCGAAGGACUGGAAGAACCAGGACCAUUACGCGGUGCUCGGGUUGAAGAAGAUGAGGUUCGUGGCCACCGAGGAUGACAUUAAGCGGGCGUACCGUAAGAUUGUCCUCAAGCAUCACCCGGACAAGCGGAAAGGCAAGGGCGAGGACGUGAAGCAGGACGAUGAUUACUUCCACUGUAUUACGAUGGCCUAUGAGACGCUGGGAACGCUCAAGAAUCGGCGGGCGUUCGAUUCGGUUGAUCCCGAGUUUGACGAUACGUUGCCGUCGCAGAACGAGGUCAAGAAGGACUUCUUCAAGUCGCUGUCGGAUGUGUUCAAGCGGAACGCCCGUUGGAGUGACUCGCGGAAGAAGGCACCGCUGCUGGGGAAUGACAAUACGGAGCGGGCCAAGGUCGAGGAGUUUUACGACUAUUGGUACAAUUUUAGCAGCUGGCGUGAGUUCAGCUAUCUGGACGAGGAGGACAAGGAUAAGGGCCAGGAUCGGGACGAGCGUCGGUGGAUCGAGAAGCAGAACAAAGCUAUUAGGUUGCAACGAAAGAAGGAAGAAUCGGCUCGUAUUCGCGCGCUGGUAGAUUUGGCCUACAACAAUGACCCCCGCGUGGUGCGCUUCAAGAAGGAGGACAAGGAUCGCAAGCUUGCGGCCAAACGUGCAAAGCAGGACGCGUACCAGGCCCAGAAGGCCGAAGAGGAUCGUAUCGCCAAGGAAGCAGCUCUAGCCAAACAGAAGGCCGCCGAAGCGGAACAGAAGCGCAUCGAAAACAUCCAAAUCGAAAAGGAACGCAUGAAGCGAGCGCUCAAAAAGGAACGCAAAUCCCUGCGGGACGCGGCCAAGGCCAAGGACUACUUCAUCAACGACGAAAGCGAACGGCUCAAGCAUCUGGAGGGAGUGGAAAAGCUCUGCGAAUCGAUGAAGGUUCUCGAACUGCAAGAAUUCAACAAAGAACUUGCCGCAGGAGGUCGUACCGCCUUCCUGAAAGCCCUUGAUUCUCUCGAGUCCAAACUGGACGAUGAACGUAAGGCAAAGACGUCCCAAACCAGCCAGGCCACAAUCCCGAACAACACCGGCCUAAAGGUGGUCAACCGCAAAGCCCUCUGGAACCACGACAACGUGCAGCUGCUCAUCAAGGCCGUUAAUCUGUUCCCCGCGGGAACCAUCUCCCGCUGGGAUGUCAUUGCCAACUAUCUCAACCAGCACGGCACCGGCCUCGGCGACAUGAAGUUCUACGCCAAGGAUAUCCUGAACAAGGCCAAGGAACUGCAGAGCAGUGACUUCACCAAGAGUGAUCUCAAAACUGCGGUUAACCAGCAGGCGUACGAGUCGUUCGAAAAGACCCGCAAGGACCUGAAGGUCGUCGACAAGCCCGAAAUCAGCACCAAGGAAGACGAAGCCGCCCCCGCGGCCAAACCAACCAUAAACGGUGUUGCCCAGCCAGAACCCCCCAAACAAAACGGCACCGCCGCGACCGCCCACGAAGCCGCCGCCGAGGAAAAGGAGAACACACCAGCCGCAAAGGAACCGACGCCAGCGCCCACCCCAACCGGCGCCGCCAAGGAAGGCUCCGUCCCCCCCAAGAAGGACAAAAAGGACAAGGAGAACAAGGUGUGGAGCAAGGACGAGCAGGCGCUGCUCGAGCAGGCCAUCAAGACGUACCCGAUCUCCACGCCGGACCGCUGGGACCGGAUAGCGGAGUGCAUCCCGAACCGGACGAAGAAGGAGUGCCUGCGGCGCGUCAAGGAGCUCGUCGAUCUGGUCAACGCCAAGAAGGACGCCCAGACGGGGACGGCCAAAUGAUGAGACCUUACAAACCUUACUUCUAACAAAAGUGGCCCCCUCCUCGGAGGUGCGGGGGAGGUCGCUGCAAACUUAGCUCUAUUAAUCAUAAACUUGAUUUAUUGAAAAAC